UUCGAGAGAGAGUUAUAGUCUGAAAUAUUGGACGGUGUUGUGGUCUGCUUCUCUCUCUCUCUCUCUCUCUCUCUCUGCUCUUCAAGGUUCGAGAUCCUGCCGUCGCCGGCGACCGCCAUGUCCUUCAAAUUCUCGCUCCUCUUCCUCCUCUUUCUCUUCCUCUCUGCCGUCUUCGCUUCCGAGUCAGAUCACAAGUAUAACCAAGAUGACCCAGUUACCCUUUGGGUGAACAAAGUUGGUCCUUAUAAUAAUCCACAAGAAACAUACAACUAUUACAGCCUCCCAUUUUGCCGACCACCUGGUCAACCUGCCCAUAAAUGGGGUGGUCUUGGUGAGGUCCUUGGUGGCAAUGAACUUAUUGAUAGCCAAAUUGAGAUAAAGUUCCGAAGAAAUUUGGAGAAAACCACCUUUUGUCGUCUGGAUCUCGAUGAGGGGAAAGUUAAACAGUUUAAGGAUGCAAUAGAGAACAGUUACUGGUUUGAAUUCUUCAUGGAUGACCUACCAUUAUGGGGAUAUGUUGGUGAGCUACAUCCUGAUAAGAACAGUGAUAAUGGCAAGCAUGUCCUGUACACACACAAGAACAUCAUUGUUAAAUUCAACAAUGAUCAGAUCAUUCAUGUGAAUCUCACUCAGGACAACCCAAAACCUUUGGAAGUAGGAAGACCUUUGGACAUGACAUAUGCUGUCACAUGGAUUCCUACGAAUGUCACUUUUGCACGCCGAUUUGAUGUCUACUUGGACUAUCCAUUCUUUGAGCAUCAGAUCCACUGGUUCUCCAUUUUUAACUCUUUUAUGAUGGUCAUCUUUCUUACUGGAUUGGUCUCAAUGAUAUUAAUGCGAACUUUGAGAAAUGACUAUGCAAAAUAUGCCCGGGAAGAUGAUGAUUUGGAAACUCUGGAAAGAGAUGUUAGUGAAGAAUCUGGCUGGAAACUUGUGCAUGGUGAUGUUUUUCGGCCUCCUCGCAAUUUGGUGAUUCUGUCAGCUGUUGUUGGUACAGGUGCUCAGUUAGCAUUACUGGUUCUUCUUGUCAUCUUGUUGGCUAUUGUUGGAAUGUUGUAUGUCGGGCGAGGAGCAAUUGUCACAACCUUUAUUGUGUGUUAUGCUCUCACAUCAUUCAUCUCUGGUUAUGUGAGCGGAGGGAUGUACUCACGCAAUGGGGGUGUACUAUGUCUAUGGCUUCAUGCUACUAGUUUUUCUGAUUCUCCUCAUUGUGACCGUAUGUGUGACAAUUGUGGGGACAUACUUUCUGUUAAAUGCCGAGAACUACCACUGGCAAUGGACUUCUUUCUUUUCAGCUGCCUCAACAGCUGUUUAUGUGUAUUUGUACUCAGUAUACUACUACUAUGUGAAGACAAAGAUGUCAGGGUUCUUCCAAACGAGCUUCUAUUUUGGAUACACUUUGAUGUUUUGUCUUGGACUGGGAAUUCUCUGUGGAGCUGUGGGUUAUCUUGGUUCAAAUUUGUUUGUGAGGAGGAUCUAUAGAAACAUCAAGUGUGACUAAGGAUUUUCUGAAAGUUCAGACCAGAGCAGUUUCCACAUAUUUGCAGGAGACAAUAAAUUCGCAGCCGAAACCUCUGGUUGUAUGUAUGGACCAAACAACGUUUACAGGUAGUAUCACAAUCACAGGGAUUUUGUGAAUGAGGAUGUAUUCUUUCUCUAUAUUAGGGAAGGCCCGAAAAUUUUUUCCCCAUGUCAGUAAUUGGAAGCCUUGAUUUUAGAAUGUAGAGAUUUGUUUUUAUAAUUUAGAUAGCUAGCAAAAUAUGAGACUCUUGUGGUUACUUUUCCAUCCCUUUAUAAAUAGGUGCCCGAUUGGUAUACUGAUGUCUAAAUUCCCCACGCGGUUUAGCUAUGGAAACAAUGUAUGUAGAGGGGGUUAAGUCAUUGGAAAUGAAUUUUGUGCUCCUGAAUUUUGUUCCAAAGAUAUGAUUAUCCUUCCUAUCUGCUUCUGCCACAUUACUUGUUUAAAUUUUUAAAUGCUGACAUGCAUUUCUUCAUCUCAUUCCAUUUUUUAUGGGCUUUAAAUAUUUAUUUGUGGAUGUAACUCGAGACACGGUUUUAACGAAAAGGAAUAUAUGCGAAUGUGCUUCUGCAUGCCUGGCCUUCUUGACCGAGCUCUGUUUUUGUCAUUCUCUGCUCCUAUUUUUGAAUACUUAGGUACCUUAACAUGCAGCAAUAUAAGGAUAAACAUUCAGCGGUUGUACUUGUGUCAAGGGAUCAAAUGAAAUUGAACAAUUUUUCCCACAAUUACUUGUGUCAUUGUGUGUGUUAGCCUGCAUGCUUGGAGGUAUUAUUUUAAAAGGCAAACUGUAUUUGUGGCAUUACUCGAUCCUGAGUGCAUUGAAAACGAUUUUAGUAGAAGGACCCUCGGUAUCGUAUGGUCAUAGCGAAUUACCAAAAUAGAGCCACGCAAUGCAGGAAUAGGAUAGUGCCAACUAGAAUAGCCAACCAAUAAUCUCUGGUGAUAACUGGGAUAGAUAGAUUGAGAAAUAAAAUGCUGCCACGUGGCAGAUAGGAUUGCAUGCACGUUCCUGCAUGUUUUAUCGACACUAUUUCCACAAGUUCACCUCUGUUGUCAACAACAAAAGCCACCUUCUCUGUUUCUAUUCCCUACCGUCUUCAACUUUCACCAAAAAUACCAUGGCCACCACCCCAGCUCUCUCCGGCACCAUGGUGAGCACCUCCUUCAUCCGGAGGCAACCGGUGACCACCAGCCUAAAGGCAUUCCCCAACGUGGGCCAGGCUGUUUUUGGUGUGAAAGGUGGACGUGGUGGCCGUAUAACUGCCAUGGCUGCAUACAAGGUGAAGCUCAUCACCCCAGAGGGACCACAAGAAUUUGAAUGCCCCGAUGACGUCUACAUUCUCGACCAGGCCGAGGAGCUCGGCUUUGAGCUUCCCUACUCGUGCAGGGCUGGUUCCUGCUCUUCUUGUGCUGGCAAAGUUGUGAGUGGCACUGUGGAUCAGACUGAUCAAAGCUUCCUUGAUGAUGAACAAAUAGACGGUGGAUUCGUUCUCACCUGCGUUGCUUACCCUCAGUCAGAUAUUGUCAUUGAGACCCACAAGGAGGAAGAACUCGUUGGUUAAAUGUUGUAACCACAAUUAUUAUUUAUUAUUAUAUUAAUAGUUUUCUUGCCAUUUUAUAUCAUGUUUUUCUACUCAUGUCUUUUGUGUUUAGAUUUUAUUAUGCCUUUUCGGGGGGCAUGAUGAUUGUUUUGUGUUUUCAGGACAAUGAGUAAGUAACUUACCCUUCUUCUGUAGUAACAAACAAGUGAACUUGUCGUUUAUAAGAAUCCUUAUUCGAUAUA